UGUGGCUGUCUCCGUUCACUUCUCCACAGCGAGGGCACAGGGAGAAUAAACAAUCCCCUCAGACUACACGCCACGCUCCUCAGCUCGCUUUCAGUCGCAGCGCUGAAAAAAAGCAACAACAACAACAACAAAAAACAACAACAGCAAAAAGAAAAAAAAAACGAGGCUUGUUGUCGGGAUUUAAAUUUUGAUUUUUAAAGCCUGCCUCGCUAUCUCCGUUUUCCCACCCAGAGUGUCACGGCAGAUGCGACCGUUUUCAUUGGAUUUGCCUCCUCCUGUCGAAUAAUAACGAUGCGCCUCUCCGGCUGACUGUGGGGUGGACAACGCAGGUCCCCCAUGUAAAAUCUGCAAAGCUGAAAGGCGCCACUGACAGAACCACAGCCAGGCCUUAGGACAGACAUCCCAAACAUCCACAGCCACGGAAUGUGUCAACAUCUUUGUGGUGAAAUCCCGCUGACUCGUUGCUUGCUACUCACGUAAGCCUGGAGCUGGGCCUUCUGGGAUUCUACAGUGUUUAAAGGCAUAUAACAAUGCCUGGGAGGCCCACCUGCCCCAGAUUGCCUCCAACCAUGGUAGCUGUUUCACGGCAGUGCUGACUGUUCCCAAAAGAGGGAUCACAUCCAGCCAGUGCAUCCUUUACCCUGCAGACUCACUCUGUGCAAUUGUCUGCCUUCUUUUUGGUAUUUAGGAAAUACAUGCCACUGUCAACCAGAUGACCUAGUGGACAUUUCUGUCUCAGUAGCAGUGCUGAACUAUACGAGGGGAUCCUACUAUUGAACAUGACUCAUGGGGAGGAGCCUGGCCCUGAGACACACAAGGAUUCAGCUGUUCUAACUUAUCUGGAAGGUUUACUGAUGCAUCCAGUGGUAGCCGGGCCUGGGGCCACGGCAAGCGGAAGGUCUGAGGCUGCCCACAGCAACCAGGAGCAGGGUGACAAGGUGGGCGGGCCCUUCCAACUGCCCAACCAUGGCCCUGCAGCUCCCAAGGCUGGUACCAACGGGCCCACACUAGGUUCUUCACAGCACCUAAAAAAGGCCCGCUUACUGAGGUCUGGAGCCUGGAAUGAUCCAGGGAACCAGCGGAUGAGUUCACCCCCAGUGGAGCUGAAUGGCCAAGGGGGCGGGCUGCAAAAUGGAGCACUAGAGGGAUCUCCUCAUGCUGGGGAGAGCACCCUGUUGGCUUCCCUGCUUCAGUCAUUCAGCUCGCGGCUUCAGAGUGUGGCAAUGUCUCAGCACUCAAAUAAACCCCCCAGUGAGUGUUCCUCUCCCUCUAAGGCAUCACCUGCGGACAAAGAGCCACUUCCUGUAUAUGGGUUAGCCUCAAGCCGUCUGAAGGGCCUCAUGAGGAAGAGCAAACUUCAGAAUCACAACAACACACCUUACAGUCGCCGAGGGCACAGUCAAGACAGACCCCCAGAAUCUCCCCGGUCAGCACACAGCGCCACACCUCCCUCUGCUCCUACAGCUGCUGACUCAGUGUCCUGUGCGGAACGGUUGAAGGCUGUGGCCAAUAUGGUGAAAAUUCGUUCAAGUCCAGCACCGUCACCCAAGCCCAGUGUGGCCUGCAGUCAACUGGCCCUGCUGCUGUCCAGUGAAGCCCAUCUGCAGCAGUACUCCAGAGAGCAUGCACUCAAAGCCCAGCUCUCAGGAAGAUCUGCCAGUGAGAGACUAGCCGCCAUGGCAAACCAGCAGCAUGGCCAGGACAAAAGGCCACCUAGUGUGGGAGGCACUCUAACUGGAGCCCCAGACACACUAAACACACUAAGCUCCUUAACAACCCAAAAUGGAAUGACAACAACAACUACAAUAACAACAGCACUCCCUCGAACAGCCCUAUCAAGUCCACAGAGCCCCUCUUUGCUGCAUGGCCAUAGCCAAAGCUCCCCACCAACUCCCCCACAUGCUCCAAACCACACUCACAGCCAGCCACCUAGGGAGAAGCGAGGCUUUGACUCACGUCCAACCCGACCCCCUCAGACAUGCAGCAGUUUACUGCUCCUGCUACUCAACAACCACAAUAACCAGAAGCAGCUGACCAAGAAUGGGCACCUGGAAGACAGCUGUGGUAUUCUUCCACCAAGCGGCUCCUCUUCAGUUACAUCAGACAGUGAGUGCUCCACCCAGGAGAGGAGCUUGACAAAGGACAGCAGUGAUGCAGAGAGUUCCUACUCGAGUUGCUCUCCCAUUGACCUCUCCAUGAGAAGACGGGCCAAUACACAAGAUACAGGGCCUAAAACUACCACCCCCCCUUCCACCACUACCUUCUCCUCAUCCACCACAGUGUUUUCCUCUACCCCAGCUGCAUUCUCUCCUCAAGCUUCUGCUCAACCCUCCACCACCUUUCCCUCAUCCUCUACUGUUGUUUCCACUGCUUCUUCUUCCUCUUCCUCCUCCUCUAUCUCUACAUCCUGCCUCGACAAACUAACAGAAUCUCUAAUAAAUAAGUGGAAGCCAGAGCCAUCAGGAUCAAAGGUAUCCAAAAAUAAGGAGCCUGAAAUGAGCCCAGACAUGAAAUCCCACCCUAAAGUCACACUUAUGCAGCUUCUUCUUGAGCGCAGAAAUAAUGAGAUGGUUAAUAAAAGUGUAGCUAACCAGGAUUUGCCACUUGAUAUAACUAUGGCAACCAUGUCUCAAGGCCAAGCAAAGGGCCUGAUGCCCUGGGAGGACACCAGGACAAAAAGCCCCUUAGAUAAACCUGUGGCCCCAGCCCAGCCGCUGUACUCGCUUAACCGUGACACUAGCAGCGCACUAUCCCCAUACUCUUACCCCUCCCCCCAUGUCCAGUCUAGUCCACUGGAUUUGUGUAAGUCUAAAGCCUUCCCUGCUGAGAAGACUUCAGACCCUUCCUUCAGUGCCAGUAAACUGCUACAGAAUCUGGCUCAGUGUGGCACAGCUUCUUCCUCCCCACCCAUUCCCUCCAGCAAAGGGGGGAGUCAGGAGCUUGAUGCCAGCAGGCCCCUUGCCCUGUUGGAAAGGCUCAAUGCUCCAAUCCAUAGGACCACCACCACCCCUCUCUCCGAUGGACCUUCAGGUAGUGGGACACCUUUCAGUCAGAAGGAAUCUUCUCCUCCUUCAUCACAGAUUGAGAACCUUCUAGAGAGGCGCACUGUGUUGCAGCUCCUCCUGGGAACUGGCUCAACUACUUCCACAGUCAACCGCAAAGACAAGCCCAGUGGCAGGAGGAGUGUGGAGAUGGCAGGGGGGUGCUUUGAGAAGAGCCCUGGUGCUUCUGUCGGCUGUGACAGCUCCAACGGCCCCCCUUUUGACAUAAAGGUCAAAACAGAGAUCACAGAGGAGGUGGGGCCAUCCUCAGCCAUAUCUGAGGACUCCAGCAGCAGAAAGAGAGCUAGUGGCUAUGGGAAAAAUAGUCCCCUGUCAGAUUCUCAGCAAGACUUUAAAAAAGAACCAAGGCCCGCCGAGGUCAUAGCAAAAUAUGGCCUCCUCAGCCAACUGCUUAAACAACAGACUGCUACCUAUUAUACUAGUGCUGCUAUGCAGGCUGAGUCACAGCCUCGGCCAGUUAAAGAGGAACAGAAAGAGUACCCAAGCCCCAGUCCCAAGAAGAGACGCCUCUGCUCUGAUCAGACUGAUAAUUUGAAUAACAUUAACUCUCCAAGAGCAGUGGACAGUGGCGACACAAAUACCUUUUCCUCUUCUACUGUUCUGGUAGAGUCUGGCCAGCAGAGAAUUCUGAAGGAAGAGGAGGCUCCACCCAAGAGCCCACCAAGUGAAACCCUCACCAGAGAGAGUCGGGGCUUCAAUGUGCUCAAACAGCUGCUGCUCUCUGACAACUGCCUGAAGGAACUGUCCCAGCAGUCCCGGGGGACACCCAGUCCCUCCGUCCUGCAGGCAAAUGGCAAGGCCAAUGGCAGUAUUCUUAGUCAGCCUUCCCAUAAUCACAGUUUCCUUCACCUGCCCAGCUGGCACCCCCAUGGUUCCCUCAACUCAGGGCUUGCAAGUAAUCUCAGACCACUGCCCACCCCCCCUGCAGGUGACAGCCCAGUUAGCACCCCCUGGAACCGCCAGUCAGCUCCAUGGCCAGUCACUCAAAAACGGGACCACCCUACUCUAGUCAAGCAAGAGCCUAAGAGCCCUGUGCGAUGGAGUAGUCAGGAGAAUGAGGAGGAUGAGGGUUGUGACUCAAACCUGGACUCUCCACGGCUCUCACGUUCCAACCCCAUCCUGUAUUACAUGUUGCAGAAGGGCAGUAUUCAGCUGAGGAAGGAGGUGAGGGAUCAAGCAGAGGGCACCCAGUCUGUGAUCAGAAUUAAAGAAGAGCCAAUCAGUGACGUGCAUGCCUAUGAUCACAGUCUGAGCUCCACCUCACAAUCACCGGCCCACAAUGAAAAGCACAGCCAUGAGAGCCAGGGGCUGAGCCAAUUGUCUGAAUAGAAGUUGUAUCAACUACAGAAAAAUACAAAAUGAAAUCAAAUUCAUUGACUCUUUUGCUUUUCCUUUUUUAAUGACUUGCCAAAUUGGUUUAAUGAAACAAACAACAAAGAUUGAAAAUUUGUUUGUUUGUUUGUUUGUUUGUUUUUGUGGAAUAGAGCAAGUUCAAAUUCAAAUGUAUACUUGCGUUGGUUUCUCAAUUUUAAAUAGUGAGGUCAUGCAAUGGUACAAAACAGGUCUAGCUUAACAAAAUUGAAAGAGCCAAAACUACACAUCUGUCACAAAUUUGACCUUUCCCAUUAUCAUCAUUACUAUCAAGCGCUACAUAUUUCAUUUUGUGAAUUAUGAAGUCCUCCUUUACAGUUGGUCUUGGUUUACACUUAUUAUUUUUAUCUAAAUUGUACACCUACCACUAUUCCAUGUCCUCUUUGUUGCCUUCCAUAAAACAUUUAGCAAGAACAUUUCUGGCAACCUUUAUUAUUGAUGACUCCAAAAAUGUUACCGCUGAGUUCGGUGGACAUUUAUUUAUUUUUCCAUCAGAACAUUUUCAGAUAGACAAAGUCCCAUCAAUUUUAGAUAAGAUUCCAAAUACAGUCAUUCUAGGGCAGGCACGGUGGUCUAUUACAACAAUGUACAUGAUAAAUUCAUUCAGAAGAGGACUUUGAAAAUAAUAUUUACACUGCAAUAGCUUCAGUGAGGAUCCUACCACGAUGAAUGCUUUGUCUUGCUUUUUCUCAAGAUUUACAGUGUGGUAUGAUUACCAAAGGAAUAUAUCAGUGGGGGUUUGAAUGGUCACAACUCAUUCGAUUAUGCUUUUUUUUAAAUGAACUGUUAAGGACAAUAUUCGACAGUGCAAGCUCGUGGUGAUGUGUUUGCAGAUUGUGCAGGUUUGAGCAGAUGGGUCAACAGAGCAUGUGUGGUGGUGAUUACAGUUGAGCAACUGUGUGCAAACAGGUUUCUAGAGCAACAGUUAAAAGGCUGUAGUGUCUGAAAAACCUAUCUUACUCAUCCUGGGUAAACCCGCACCACUUUUCUUCAUACAGACAAAAACUUUAGAAUGUGAAGCACAUGGCCUUUUCUUUUCUUUUUAUAUAAAGGAGCACCCAGAGUUUGCACUAUCGAAACUAAGUCCUUGGUGUCCUUUUCAGAAUAAUUUAAUGGCAUGUAAUAAAAAAAUGUCAGUAUUGUUAUCUGUUGAGAAUUUGACAAGUUUGUGGGUUUUUUUCAGCAUUUCUUAACUGUUGUGGUUUAUGAGCAUCUUUUAUUUUUUGUGGCAGUCUCUUAACUCAAAACAUCAAAAGAAUUGCAUGAUAAUUAAGAGAAGACCACGGGUACAUCUUUGUUUUCAAAGCAGCUGGAUAUGUGCACCCGCACCCCUAUAAUCACCAAGAUAUUUUGGUGUCUUGAGGGAUAUUUGGUGUCUAGCUCCUUAUUUUGAUUGUACUGUAUUCUUUUCCGUUGAUUUCACAUACUGCUUUAUCCAUUUAGUCUUGUGAUCUUUUUAAUACAUAUACCUAUGAAGUAUGUCUCUUCGAUUAAUACAUUUUCACAAUGGUUAAAUAUAUUUGUGUAAAUAGUACUUUCAGUAUGAAAGAUGACUAUUUUGUAAUGUUUAAGAAAAGAUAUUACCCUAGUUUUUAAUGCCCUGAUAUGUAAAUAUGAAUUAUAUGCGUACAAGUGUACAUACAAAGGCAGAGGAUGCUAUUCCCAUCUUUUGGUUGGUUUGUUCUUUGCAUGUGUCUAUAUGUGGUAAAUGAUAAUCUAUCCUGCGCUGUGUUGUGUAAUAAUGUCUGACUCUCCUCACUGCUGCCUGUUGCAUGCAGACGCAUGGGAACUACCUGUGUAUCCCUACUGGUGAUGGGGGAAAAAUGUCAAGUCUUAAAAUAGGUCUUUUUUAUCACAGAAAGAGGUUCAUUUAGAAUAUGGACAGUCCCUAAAUAACCACAGACUGUUGAGCAAGUUGAUUAAAAUGUGUGAAAAAUAAACGUGCAUUGAAUAUUUUUGUGAUUUCCUUUUCUGUUACUGGUUAACAAAGCUCUGUGAAAGAGCUCGGGGCUAUAGUGGGGGAUUGACGUACAAUCAUACAUCUGCAUUGUGCAUCGAAGAAAAUACAUUUGUAGCAGCAAAUAUUAAAAAAGGUGUUUCAUUUUUUUUUCAUGUGAAGACCUGAAACAUUAUUUCAUUUUUUUAUGUUUUCAUUUUUGGUGUUCAUUUGCACUGAUAUCUCAGAAAUAAAGUACUAAAAUGCAUGACCUAGUAUGAAUGUGUUCCUCUUUUUCUAGCUUGCAAUUCAGACGUGUGUCUUUCUUGUGUGCAAGUAUAUCAGAUGUCACAUUAUCUUGAAGAAGCUCUAGUCUUUCAGGUGCCACCACAAAACACAUUUGUAUUUCUCUAAAUGAUUUUAAACAGUACUUGUGUUUAAUUAUUUACUUGUUCAGCUGCCACGUACAGCCUACUUACAAGUUAUCAUAGAACAUAUUAGCUUGAUCCAAAUAACCAAAAGGGAAACUGUUGCAUUCCAUACAUCCCAAUAUCUGGGUUGCCUCAAAUAUGGUUUAUCAUUAUUAUUA